AUUAUUCAAAAUAAUAUUGCUGCUGUUAAUAAAAAUUUGAUAUCUUAUAUGCCUUCAAAAGACAUACUUUAUAUAAAAAUAAAGUGUAUUAGAGGUUUUGAAAUGCCCCUGCAACUUCAAACUCUUGAUAAAGUUGAUGUAUCACUUCCAUUUCAAUAUACUUUAAAGGGAGAAUUGUUUUUUAUUAGAGAUUUACAA